AAAGAUUUUAUUCCUGGACUUAUGUACAUACGAGACAAUGAAGCUACUUCAGAAGAAUUUGAAGCUAUGAGCCUCCCAUUCACUGUGCCUAAUGCAAGUGGUCAAGAUAUUCAGUUGAGUUCCAAGUACACCCAUAUUACACUGGAUAACAGAGCUGAAUAUGUGAGGCUGGCAAUAAACUACAGACUUCACGAGUUUGAUGAACAAGUUGCAGCAGUUCGUGAGGGGAUGGCCCGUGUUGUUCCCGUUCCUCUGCUCUCGCUCUUUACAGGAUAUGAACUGGAAACUAUGGUAUGUGGAAGCCCAGAUAUUCCACUUCACCUUCUGAAAUCUGUAGCAACUUAUAAAGGCAUUGAACCAACUGCUUCCUUGAUACAGUGGUUCUGGGAGGUGAUGGAGUCCUUCUCAAACACAGAGCGAUCUCUCUUCCUGCGUUUUGUGUGGGGCAGAACAAGGUUGCCCAGGACUAUUGCAGACUUUAGAGGGAGAGACUUUGUUAUUCAGGUAUUGGAUAAAUACAAUCCUCCAGACCACUUUCUUCCUGAGUCAUACACUUGCUUCUUUCUCCUGAAGCUGCCCAGAUAUUCCUGUAAGCAAGUACUAGAGGAAAAACUGAAAUAUGCCAUUCACUUCUGCAAGUCUAUAGACACUGAUGAUUAUGCCCGGAUAGCGCUGACCGGAGAGCCAGCGGCUGAUGACAGUAGCGAUGACUCUGAUAAUGAAGAUGCAGAUUCUUUUGCUUCAGAUUCUACACAGGACUACUUAACAGGACAUUAAAAAAAAUGAAAUAAGGGAUAGUUGUCACAAGCACUGAGGCAAAGCGCCAAAAUGACAAUGAAGCCAAGGACAGUUUAGGUCUCAGAAGACAGAGUGUGUAGUGAGAGGGAUGGUAAUCUUCUGUGUGUUUGCUACUCACAGUAGGAGUUAAGGAUUACAGCUUAAACCAUCAGCUUAGAAUAAAUGGCACAGUAUAUGGGCAUUUAACAUUUAUUUUAAGAGCUGAAAGUGGCCCCCCAUAAUGCUGCACUACAUUUAGAACCUUUGUGUUUACUGAAGUGUUGUAAAUGUUUAUAUAAAUAUGGUAGUGCAGCAUCCAAAGGGCAGUGAAACCUUUAAAUUGUGGGUGCAAUAGGUUUUUUCAUAUUAAGUGUUGUGUUCUGUGCAUCUUAUUGAUUGUAUAUUGGAAAUACUGUGCAACAACUGAAUAGUAUUAUAAAUAUUUCAAUUAACUUUACUAGAAGUUUGUUAAAAUUUUUUGAACAUGGAAUUAACAUUAUUCCUUGAAAUUCUUCUAUAGAUAAUAAAAAUGGCCAAUAGUUUCACCUCCACCCCUGGUUUGUAUAUUUUAGCUUAUGCAUUAUUUAUCACAAAUUUGAUACCUUUCUGUGAACAGCAUCAUAAUUCUUAUCAUGGAAAGUGUCCUGUAUAUAAUUUGUGCCAUGUAAAUGCAAAAGUUAUAAUUUCCCUCCAAAUAAAAGUUCUGCCACAGAAAAAA